GCACACAUUGACACACAUAAAUGUUCAAAGAGAUUGUUAUUUCACGUUGGUUUACAACCCCUGCACAUAUUGACAGUUGGAUUUAAGGCCAUUUCUUGCACUAAAAUCAGCACUGUUGGCAUCUCUCUCCUUCCAUGCACAGACAGCCUUAAUGCAACAAUAGCCUAGCAACUGUAGCGGGAAAACGAGGCAAACCAUUGGCUUGUAAUUUGAGCCUGGCUUCACAGACCCUUUUGUGCCUGUUUCCUUGGACACCAGAAGCAGGAAGUGAUAAGUUAUACCAAACACCUCCAAGAAUCCUGCACCAGCGCUUGGCUUGGCUUGCACGCUAUGAGGGGCCUACUAACUAGUCAGGAACAGGAUGGUUGGAGGGAACUGAUUAACAAGGAGGUUUUCUGCAGGAUCAGCUGGAAGGCAAAAUACGGACGAAAAUACCCCCAGCGCAUCUCCAGGCAAAAGUGUUUGCUGCCUGCCAUCUACCUUCCCAAGGAGCACUCAAGCUCUAGAAAUCGAGAAGGAGCUCCCCAAAAGGAGGACCAGCAGGAGCCAGCAGAAGAGAAGGUUGGGCUGAGUCUUCAGGAGCAUCUUCCAGAGAUGAGGGUCCCAACCCCAGAGACCACACAGCUGCUAUACAAGGGCUUCUCCCAUGAAGGCAAAGGGAGGCAGCAGUACCUCAAAGAGAGAAUGAUGAAGUCUCCUGAAGAAAAAUUUUACUACCCAGUGCUGUCUUCGUGGGAGUAUGGUUGGCGCUUAGGAGACACCAUUAAGGACAUCAGGACACCAGUUCACAAAAAAUCUUGUAUUGUAAAAGGUACUUUCUACUUCAAAAAUGGAAUCUUCUAUACUCCAUCCAAAACUGACAAAUUAGCAUGAAUACUGGCUGAAAAAAAGAAAAAAUGUUCCACUGUGUUGCUAUAUGCUUGCUGUGAUAUUAAAUCAGAAGCCCUACAUGAACUGGAUCCAGAUUUAAUCAUACUUAGAGUCAACCUAUUUAAACCAGCGAGGUCCAAAUCAUGUUCUCUAGGUCAACCUUUCAAAUAUCAAGGGCAGAAAAUAGAGGGUUUUCUAAAUGUAUGAAGAAACAAACAAACAAAAAAGAAUAAACAAAACAUGCACAAGAAA